AUGGCGACGCAGAGGGCACCUUCGUUGCUAUCCGCCUCCCUCGCCUCGGGGUCUAGUUUGGUCCUUCUUCAGCUAUUCUCUCGCGUUGUUACGUUUGUCCUUAACCAAGCUUUGGUCCGACUCGUCUCUCCACAAGUAUUUGGAACGACCUCCAUUCAAUUUGAACUUCUGCUAUCGACCAUCCUCUUCCUAUCUCGCGAGGGCGUCCGAAAUGCACUCCUCCGGGCAUCGUCUCAGAAUCCGUCUGACCGCGACACAACUAGCCCGCUAGUGACCAACAUCUCUUUGUUGCCGAUCGCACUGGGCAUCCCCACCGCUAUCGGCUCGGCCCUCGUCUACCUUGGCAGCAGCUCGUCAACAACGUCCUCUCAGCCGCGUUUCCAGAUUAGUGUCUUGCUCUAUGUUCUGGCCGCCUUCUUCGAGCUGCUAUCUGAGCCUUUGUACAUCCGUACCCAGAACGAGCUUCGGUUUCAUGUCCGUGUCCGGGCGGAGGGUACAGCUGUCAUGUUGAAGACGAUCGUUACCUUCCUAGUGCUGGUGGCUGCGCCAGAAGACUAUGCUCUGGUUGCCUUUGCUCUCGGACAGACCGCGUAUGGUCUGACGAUGCUCAUUUCAUUCCUCAUCGCUUGCCGUGACAACCUCGACUUGGCUCCCAAGCAGGUAGCCAUCACUGUGAAAGAUCAGUACGUCUGUCUCUCCUCUAGCCCAGCGUUUUCAGUCACUGAGAACUUGGUCAGCACGGAGAAGAGAUACUUCGAUCCUGCUCUUUUCAAUCUGUCGGUAGCGAUGACGGGGCAGUCGCUCGUCAAACACUUCCUCACCGAAGGCGACAAGUUCCUCGUCUCACGUCUUAGCCCGCUGGCAGACCAAGGCGGCUAUGCCGUCGCCGCCAACUACGGCUCGCUCGUCGCCCGCAUCGUCUUCCAGCCCAUCGAAGAGACAGCUCGCGUCUUUUUCUCCAAGACGCUUGCCUCACCCGUGCCGCCAUCUCCGUUCCCCAAAUCCAACCAUUCUGCAAAACACAAAGAAUACCUUCAGACCGCCUCAGCAGUCCUCACAACCCUCCUCCUCGUCUUCACCCACCUCCUCCUUCUCCUCAUAACCUUCGCCCCGCCCUACCUCCCGCUCGCGCUCUCCCUCGCGCUCCCGCGCAAGUACCUCUCCACCUCCGCCCCGCGCAUCCUCGCCGUCUACGUCUACUACAUCCCUGCGAUGGCCUACAACGGCGUCCUCGAGGCCUUCCUCGCCUCCGCCGCCUCCCCCUCCGACCUCCGCGCCCAGGCGCGCUGGCUCCUCGUGUUCUCCGCCCUCUUCGUCGCCGCCGCCGUCGGGCUCGCACGCAGCGCGGGCCUGGGCGACGCGGGGCUCGUGUGGGCGAACGUCGGAAACCUGGCGCUGCGCGCGGCGUACGCGUGGGCGUUCGCGAGGCGGUUCUUUGUCGAGCGCGGGGCGGGGGAUGCGCUGGGCCUGCGGAGGGUCGUGCCGCCCGCCCCCGUCCUCGCGGCGUUCGCCGCUGCCGGGCUGGCGGUGCGCGUGAGCGCACGGGCGUACCAGGACGCGCCUGUGAACGUCUUUGCGCAAAGGGGCCAUAUUGCGGUAGGGGUCGUCGGGGUGCUGGGCUGUCUGACCACUUGCGUUGUAUGCGAGCGGCGAAGCGUUAUGCGGCUCGUCGACUCCCUGCGGAAGGCGCGCUAGGAGUCACGUCAAGGGGUCCUAGGUCUAGUGGAGGAGGCUAUGCUAGGCCCGAGAAUUGUGUGUACCCCAGGCCGCCCGGGGGGCUAAGCAGCGGUGUCAACGGGGCCAGUCCCCGGAAAAUGCAUCAUUGUCCAGCUUGCCGAGACGUGCGAACUUGCGCACACAAAGCACAGCGCAAGCGUGUUCAUUUUGAGUACGGCGAUCCUCGCGGCGGCGGGAAGCGUCGGGGUGGUCGUCGGCGGUAUCACUUCCGGUGCUAGCCAGCUCGGCGAUUAUCGCUGCGGCGUCCAUCGGCAACUUGAAUUAUGGCCUCUGAGUAGCGUACUCGGCCCCGUGAGCGUCUUCAGACGCUUCCAUGUCGCACUGUACCGCAAGUUGAUGACCGGUUGGCGCGGUAUGGCAACGCCGGCAGCUGAAGCAGGUACUGUCCAGGACAGACGCGGCGAUGGACAUAAUCUUCGGCGUUGGUACUGGAUGACGCUGUUGCCGUGCGGGGGCGCCAACGAUCUGCUGGCUUUGCGCCGGAAUAGAAGGUACAUUGACGGUAGAGUAGUAGGAACGAUGUCAGAGAGAUAAACAACGAGAGAGAUAGAUAGCGAUAGCGAGUUUGAAAGCUUGGAGGAGAGAGCGCCGUCGACUCAGCCGACGACGACACCAGCGGAAGUCUGUCAUUCCGACGCCAUCGGGACUACGAGAACGAUGAGAACGAUAGAGAAGUUGC